UCCAGCACUUCCGGCCAGCCCGGGGAGUUUUGCUACCGGGUCACGGUGGUGACAGAAAGUGGCGGGGAGAUGCCGGAGAUCGCAAUCCGACAUGUGGUGUCUGCCAGCAGCUCCGACCCGACACACUGUGCUGAGAACCUGCUCAAGGCCGACACCUAUCGCAAGUGGAAGGCUGCACAGGCUGGGGAGAAGCACAUCUCUGCCAUACUACAGUUUGAGAAAGAGGAGCAGAUUCACAGCAUUGACAUUGGCAAUGAAGGCUCCGCGUUUGUUGAAGUAUUGGCUGGCAGCUCUGCCUCCUCCAGUGAGCAGAACUAUGAGGUGCUGCUGGUCACAUCCUCCUUCAUGUCCCCCUCGGAGAGCAAGAGCGGCACCAACCUCAACAGGGUUCGUAUGUUUGGACCAGAUAAGCUUGUGAAGGCCACAGCUGAGAGAAAGUGGGACCGGGUGAAAAUCAUCUGUACACAGCCCUAUACCAAGUCCUUGACCUAUGGCCUCUCUUUUGUGAGAUUCCACUCUCCUCCAGAAAAUGACAAGGUUCAUUCCAAAACCGCUUCACCGAAGCUCACCAAGCUGGGGCAGUUCAAGGUCAAGGAAGACGACAAUGACUCCCUGAAGCCCGGCGCGCUUUUCUUCAGCCGUGCCAGCAAACCCCUCGUCUCUCCACCUAAAGCCUCUCAGAACAACCAGCCCUCACCCAGUUACGCCGCUGCCUCGUUGCAAACCAGCGUGUCCAGUUCCCCAGAUCCUUCGCCAUCAGCCGCUGAAAAACCCACCACCAAAGCCUCUCCCAAGGAGCCCACGCCGGUCAAGAGGAAGUUUGAAUUCAGCAAGGAAAAUCCUGGUCUCUUGUCUGCAGCCAGUAAACCCCACCCCGAUACUCCCCGCCCUGCACAGCCAGCCUCCAAGAAACUCAAAGCUUCUCCUUCAGCACUACCUUCCCCAAAGAUGCCACCUUCCAAAAAGCCUCUGCAAACUCAGUCUUCAGAGGGGACAGCAGACGUGUCUUUCCAGCGUCUCCUGCAGGGAACUGUGUUUGUGUUGAGUGGCUUCCAGAACCCAUUCCGCUCUGAGCUGCGGGACAAAGCCCUAGAGAUGGGUGCAAAGUACCGACCAGACUGGACCCCUGACAGCACUCACCUCAUCUGUGCCUUUGCCAACACACCCAAGUACAGCCAAGUGAAACGGCUUGGGGGCACGAUUGUGCGCAAGGAGUGGAUCCUGGACUGUUACCGCACAAAGCGGUGCCUUCCCUGCAAGCGCUACCUGAUGGUAAGCCCAGAAUCUUCCAGCAGUGAGCAGGAGGAGGAGAGUGACGAAGAGACCCCUGCCCGACACCACAAACCCCUUGCACAUCCACAGAGAGCUGACGUGCCCAGCUCCAACCACAAGCCCAAGAGCCUUGCCAGUCCCAAAGCUGUACCCAAGGCCCCGAAGAGGGCAUCCUCUGAAGAGGAGGAGGAGCCCACCACCUCUCGGAGCAGCAACAUCCAUAACAACUCGCGGGCCCCGGCAGCUGACUCUGGAGCAUCCAGCAGCGACGAGGAUCCCAGAGGUGCUCAAGACAAUGGAGAUGAGGGCUCUGGUGACACCGAUGAUGAGCUGAGGAGAGUGGAAGAGGAGCACCGCAAAAAGCAACAAGGGGGAAGGAGGGUGGUCCCGGAGCCGGAUGACGAUCCAUACGGCGGCUCCACAGAUGAGAAUACAGAUGUUGAAGAAAAAGAGGAGCCAGAUCAGCUCAUCCCAGAGCUACCAGAUUUAUUCGUGGGCAAACACUUCUUCCUUUAUGGCGAAUUCCCUUCUCAAGAGCGACGCCUCUUGAACCGGUACAUUGUGGCUUUUAACGGGGAAGUGGAGGACUAUAUGAAUGAGCGAGUCAAUUAUGUGAUCACGGCUCAAGAGUGGGACGACACGUUUGAGGAGGCUCUGAACGAGAAUGCCAACCUCUCUUUUGUGCGCCCCCGCUGGAUCUACAACUGCAACCAGCGGCAGAAGCUGAUCCCCCACCAGCCCUACGUUGUGGUACCACGAGUGUAGGCCAGCCUCUCUGCAGGCACGUCCCUGUGGGUCCUGUAUACUCCCUCUGGAGCAAACAGCUGUCCUUCCCUUUGGGGCCACUUGACACCAUGCUCUCACUCUCUCUCUUUCUCGU